CCGAAUUCAGCAUCAACACUCUUGCUAACCAGCAACCGUCAUGUUCAGAAUCACACGUCCGUUGCUGCAAUCAGUCACUAAGAAGACGACUGGCAUUGUUGGCCUUGCCGUCCACCAAAACCCGCUCCCAGAACUCUCAAACACAUAUAAUUCGACGCUCAGCGUCCUUGCUUCAAUACCACCGACCUCCGUCUACAGACAAGGCGUCGAGGCACUCACCAAACACAAACUCACCAUUGUGCAGGGCGCAAAUGGGGACAUUGCGAGCGUAGAGAAGCAGCUGGAUGAGGGGCAAAUAGAGGAGUCGUUGGAUAUUGCUAAAGAUGAGCUGAAGUUGGCCGAAAAUAUGCUUGAAUGGAGGGCUUGGGAGCCUCUAGAAGAGAAGCCAUUGCCUGGUCAAUGGGAGUACUUCGGCAAUACAUCGAGCCCGACAUCGUCGUAGCGUCGUUCAACAGCUCGGGAUUUGUCGGGCAUAAUUUCACACUGCUGGACCAUGUCCAGUACGACGCGUUAAUACUAGUCGUGGAGGGAGCUUUCGCAGGAGAACAAAAUACA